AUGCGGAUUCCGGCUUUCUUAUCCCUCCUUCUCGCAUCACGGGUGUAUAGCUAUGUCGUCAAUGACGGCACAACCUGUGAGAUUUACCCGGAAGCACUCACCUACAACGGCCAGGCCGUUGACGACGCUCCCUCAAUCCACCAAGCCUUCGACCUCUGCGGCACAAACGGGACUGUGGUGUUCACCAACCACACAUUCCACAUUAACUCGGUUCUCAACACCACGAAUCUCGUCAACUGCGACGUCUCUCUGCGCGGCGAGCUCCGCUUCUCUACAAACAUCCCUUACUGGCGCUCCCACGUCUUCUCCGUCAUCUACCAGAACCAAUCCACCGCCUGGCUCUUUGGCGGCACGAACGUGACUCUGCGCGGUGAAGGCGGGUGGAUCAAUGGCAACGGGCAAACAUGGUAUACUGAAAACAAAAACCAGGCGAACCAGCCCGGCCGGCCGAUUAGCAUUACAUUUUUCAACUCGACGAAUUUGCUAGCUGAUGGAUUAACGAUCAUCCAGCCGCAGUUCUGGGCGACGUUUGUCUGGGAGAGUAAGAACGUCUCGUUGACGAAUUUCUUCGUCAAUGCUACUAGCGAUGAUCAGUGGGAUACGACGAACACGGAUGGAUACGAUUCCUGGCGCAGCGAUACAUUACUCGUUGAAAACGCAACUAUCACCAACGGCGACGACUGUAUUGCUGCAAAGGGGAAUACCACCAACCUGCUCGUCCGCAACGUAACCUGCUAUGGGUCAGCUGGCAUGACGAUUGGAUCGAUCGGGCAAUACCCCGACUGGCCAGACUACGUGCAGAACGUGACCUUCGACAACAUCCACUGCGUGAACAGCGGCGAGGGUGCAUACAUCAAGACCUGGCAGGGAGUACCCGUAACCGAUGACUCCAAUGGCGAUGUUGGCGGCGGCGGCGGCGGACUCGUUAAGAACGUGACAUUCAGCAACAUCCACAUGGAGAACGUCGCUCUCCCGAUCCAGAUCUCGCAGUGUAUCUACUCCGAGGCCGACGGGAAGUACUGCAACACGUCGAAGCUGCAGAUUGAGGAUGUGGCGUGGGUGAAUGUGACGGGCACGUCGCGGUACAAUAUCGCGGCGAGCUUGUAUUGCUCGAGUGCGGUGCCGUGUCCGGGCGUGACGUUUGACAAUGUCAGUUUUGAGUCGGUCAAUCAUACGCUGGGUUUGCCCAUGUGGAAUACUACCUUGCAGGAUGAGGUGUAUCAGUGUGGGAAUAUUGUUGGCCAGAAUAGCUCCGGCAUCCCGUGUAAUCGUGUCGCGCCGGAUAAUUUCUCGCAGGGGGUGACGCAUAAUGUGCAGUGA